AUGGCAGAGUCUCGAGCUGAAUCUCUGUCUCGGGGUUCGAAAAAAAUUACAUCGAAUUGUAUGAUUCUCAAUUAUCCCAGUGUUAUUUUUUGGCAUAGCUUUCGAUGCUUUUGAUUUUGGCGUCCACUCCUCACAAGGGGGGCUUCUUUGUUGCUUUGUACCGAAAACGCUAUCUGUCUUUUGCUUGUGGAACUAUAGAAAGAAAGCGUGACGGGUCUGUUAUGUUCUGUUCUUUGUGAGUGAGUGGGUCCGUUCUUUCCCGCUCAAGUGUUGCUUUCUGCUACAGGCUAUCGUGGGGGACUCAGGGAUUUUGCAGGGUGUUACAUGUCUUUUGUGCAUGACAUUAUUGUACGGAGUUUCCCUUGGUGAUUUAGUUGUUUGGAGUCCUGAGGUUUGGAAAUGGGGCGCAAUUUGGGGUAAAAAAUGUUAGGUUUGAGUUUUGGAGUUGGUUUGGGAAGAACGAAAGAUGGGUUUUCGUAUAUCUCUUUUGAUAAUGUAGAGCAGGAAGUUUUCUGGUUUAGAUGACUUUUGGUUUGUGCAUUGUGAGAUUUCUGGAGCUUUAUAACAAAUCUAGUUAUUAUCAAGGAAGGUGACUGCUUCUCGUGCUAGUAAGUGUUUCCGAAAUGAAUGAUUCUUCCGGAAAGACCUCUUCUUGUUUGGCAAUCACUGAGAAAAAGAAGAAGCAAAGACCCGGAGGUUGCAUUGGCCUUUUCUUUCAGCUAUUUGAUUGGAAUGGAAAGCUCGCAAAGAAGAAGCUCUUCUCUAAGAAACUUUUGCCUCCUGCUCGGGCAAAACAAGCUUCUAAGAAGUUUAAAGGAGACGAAAAAAUGCCAAAUUCCAAGCUCCACUUGAUUGCCAAUGAAAAUAGAGGAGGCUUCCCAAGUGCCAAAAAAAGUGGAAAUCGGAGCUUAGAUUUAGAACCAAAGCAUGAUAUGCGAGUCCCUGGUCUGGUGGCUAGGCUGAUGGGUCUAGAAUCUAUUCCAACUGCUCAGCGAGACAAGUCUGAGAAAGCUUCCUGUUCUGGUUCUUGUGGUAAUGUGAAGGAUGAAUCUCGGGGUAAUCAUUGCGAGUCAGACAGACAAGUUGGUAAUUUGGAAAUGAGAAUUGCGAGACAUGAUUCAAGACCUCAAAAGCUUCAGAAAACGGGGACAUAUGAGAGAAAGGCAAUGGCUAAGUUUGGAGCCGAAGCCCUGCAAAUUAAGAGUGUUUUCUCGCGAGCAAGAAAGCAUAAUAAUAGUUAUCACCACCACCCAAAGCUUGCUUCUCACUUGAAGGGUCCUAAAAUUAAUUCGGGAAAGAAUACGUCUCGAAGCUCGAGGUUAAUAGGAGCAGCAACUAAGAUUUUGGAACCUGGGCUGCAAGCUACAAGCAGAGCAAAAUGCUCUCUUACAUAUCCAAGUUCCACAUAUGCUCCUAAGAUUGACGUGGCGGCAGAUAGAGUAAUGUCUAAGUCAGCAAAUGUACAGAGCCAAUCUAGGUAUGAUGCAAAUGCAUCCAAGCCUUUGAUGGGAUCAGGGGGAAAGGCCUCUUGCAAGAACUGUGGUAAUGUGCUUGAUGUAGUUGACCGCAAUCUCGAUGCUGAGGAGCAUCCGACUGUUCCUUUAGCUACCUAUUCAGAAGUGAUUACUACCUCUUGUUUGGCAGCAGAACAGAGGAACGUUAGAUCACUCAUGACCCCUCAUGAACACGACAGUGAUGUGGUUCUUCUAAGACCUCAACGACAUAUCGCAUCAAAUAUUGUAGAAGAUGGAAGAAGUAAUGCACAGAGGAAGGUCAGAUCACUUAUGACCCCUCAUGAACAGGAUAGUGACAGUAAUGCACAGUCUGGUCAUGAACUUUCUACCAGAAAAAUGCCUCCGCCCCAUGAAGUUCCUGUACCAUGGAAUUCAUUACCCCAACCAUGCAGCACCCUAGAGCAUGAUGCAUCUUCUGUUUCCUUCAGGCAUAAAUCUCAAACACAAGAACAGAUUAUAAGCAGUGAAAGAACUUCACCUGGAUCUAAAGUAAGUAGGACUAAAGACUUUGUUGCUUUGAACAGAAGCCUCAGUGGCCGAAGCAGAUUGAGGUCUCCUAAUAAAAUCGAAACUUCAAAGUUUGACCUAGAAAGGAAACCUUGUAAUAGGCAGGUUGAUUCCUUGCCUCGUGUGAGGACAAUGGAACGAAAAAGAAGGAUUCCGAGUAUUGCACUAGUUGAAAGUACAGCUUCUGUCAAUUCAGCUGUCAUGAAACAGAGAAAUGCUCGAUGUGAUGCACUGGGUGGAAAAGGGAGGGACAUCAGUGCUUCUUCCUUUGACAGUAUUAAUGUUAAAUUGAAACAAGGAAGUCAGGGAAAAUCAUACAAGUCUCCUGACAAGGUCAAUGACGUAGUUUCAUUUGCAUUUAAUUCCCCAUUGAAGCACAAGACUGGAAUGACCACCAAAAAGGAUGAGACAUGCAGCAAGAAUGAGAUAAGUACAUAUUCCCAGCAAGCUUUACAGUUGACGGGAGAUGUUUUAGCUGCUUUUCUGGAACAGAAAUUGAGGGAAUUGACUACUCAAGAAGAUGAGAGGUUGCCUAUUGGUGGUCCACCGAAAAAAUCACCUGCCAUGAUUCUUCAGGAGCUGAUAUCUGCUCUAAGUGCAGAGCAGCUGACCUGUCAUUAUGGUCAUAUCGUCAAUGUCAACAAGGGUUUCCAUGGUGGAGCACAAGGGGGAAGUUUAGUGGGAGCCUCGUGCAAUGUUAAUCAUCUUUGCCCUGGAUCUGUUCUGGAAGCUUCAUUUUCUUCCAGUAGUCUGGAUGAAAGCUCAGGGCACGAUCUUCACACAGAGUCUAUGAACUACUCAUAUGAUCAGUUGGAAUAUGAUUCUCAGCUUGUAGAUUCUGUAGCACCAUUGGACAAGGGGAAGAUAGGUAGUGAGUUAUUGCAUGUGAUUGUUAAUCAAAUUUCUAUGAUAUUACAAAGUCUUAGCUCAUUUGGGAUAACAAUGAGGAGAGGCAAGCCUGACCAUGUGAAAGAUGUUAUUCUGGAUGCUGAGUUGUUGUUCGGAAGUACCACCACUACACACAGUGAAGACAGUAUGCCACAUCUUUUUGUUUCUCGCUUUCUCCUUGAUGAACUGGACACCAUGGCUGACGAUGAUGCCCUGUGGAUUGAUUUUAACGGCUCUGUGGGUUGCCGGGAUUCCAAAGAGAGAAGCCAAUUCAAGGGAUUUCUCUUUGACAGUGUUGUAGAGUAUCUAGAAUCAAAUUGUUGCACAUAUUGUAAUUGUGGAUUCAGGACAUGGACCAAGCUGCCUUUAUCCAUGAAUGCUGGCAUGUUGGUUCAAGAGGUCAAGAGGGUGGUCAAGAAGUGGGCAUGCAUGGCUGUGAUGAUACCAGAUGAAAUAAUAGAAUGGGAGAUGAGCCACUCCAGAGGGAAAUGGACUGAUUUUGAUGUCGAAGCAUUCGAGGCUGGUGUUGAAAUCGAUGGGGAGAUACUUCAAAUUUUAGUUGAUGAAAUUGUUAAAGACCUUGUAGAUUGUGGAGGGAUGUUAUUUGAAUCUUUACCCAGAUGUUCCUGCUGAAAUCCUCUCUGGUUUUUGUCCUUGUAUAAAUGGAAAGAUGGUAUUUGUAAUUGGGCCACGUUGACCAAGGUUAUUGACUGUGAUCUUACCUAAAAUGGCCCCAUAUAUAGUCUUUUGAUUGUUGUCCUAAGCA